UGUGUCACACACACACUCUCACACACACAAUCACAUUCAGAGACUUGUGUUCAUAUCUGGAUAGUGGAAGGUCCAUAGGCUCCCCCCCGUCUAUAGCAGGCCUCCUCUGUACGGAGGUAACGUCCAGAAAACAACAAUAUUGAUUAACUUGAACACAGCGAAGGUGACUGAAUUUUUACAGUUAACGACUUGCCUUGUUGCCAGAUCGCCAAGGGACAAUGAAGCUUACAGCUUUUACUGUGAUUGUAAUUGCUCUUAAUAUUGGUUUUAUUUCAUCGAAUUGUCCUGAUGACUCAUGGCUGUUGGUCACGAAAGUCUCGAGCUUGAAUCAAGAUUUCCCAGGUUCAAAUGUUUGUAUCAAAGAAUUCAGAACACCAAAAUCCUGGCAGGAAGCUUCGAACACGUGCAGACUAUUCCACGGAAAUCUUUUGCGAUUUGACAAAGAUUACAGCUACCGAAGUAGAUAUGUUUCUUUAGGAACUAAAGAAUUUUGGACUGGGAUGUAUGUGACCAAUGACAGAUUUCAGGCGCCUCUUCUUGACGGAGUUCCUCCCCAACGAGUCAACGACACAUAUAAUAACAGAAAUCCAAAAUCAUGGAAGUGGGCUGAUAGAGAACCGAAAAUGAAUCGCGGGUGUCAGUCGAUGACACCGGGGAACCUUACAGCUUACAUGAAGACCUGCAAUCAACGUCUUCCCUAUUACUGCGCAGCACCGAACAGAUUUCCGAUUGAUACCUCGUUGUGUCCAAACGGUAGUUUGUCCGCUGGAGUGUGUUAUAGAGCAUUCCACACCCCUAUGCCCUAUGACGAAGCCGUAAGUCACUGUCGCCAGGAAGGAGGAUCUCUUGCUACAUAUGACGGAAUGAACAAAUACAUAUUGUCAGGGACUGUGUUUAAGGACAAAUUCUUUCCGGAAUCAGUCGUAAGGAGUUACUACAUCAACGGGACCUCAGUGGAAGGAAACAAAGAUGGAUCCGGAGGAGGAGGAGGCGAAAUCCCAGUAAAUCUUUGCUUUACAUUGAAUGUGGGCGAUGUCUCCAUAGACCAACUGCCUUGUGACACAAACAUUGGUGUUAUCUGUCAACAACCCCUCACCGUCCCUCCUAUACAAGGUGAUGGUAUUCCUGUUUUCCAAGCACUUAAAAUCAGUGGUGAAUCUAAUCAAGGUGGUAUUUACAAAAUGCAAUGUCGUUUAGAAAGGAAUUUGAUGGACUUCGAGAACAUGGUGACUUAUUUUGAUGGUGUUCCUAAGGAUGCCUAUAUCGCGCAGGCAAAUGGAGUGAUGACAGAGAUAACACUAUAUGGUGAUGAUUACAAAAACAUAGGCGAUUACUGGUGUGAGAUACAGAACACCAGGACGUCUGCCGUAAUGGUCUCCAAUAAAGUCAGAUAUGAAUUUCCUCAAUCGUCUUCCUUAACGUAUCGAGGAUAUGCCAAUUUUACAGCCCUACAACAGAAUCUUACUAUCUCUCUACACAACCUGGGGUUUCAGCAGGACGCCAGAUAUUUGCAGUCAUCCUCAUUGAUCUUGGGAUUCUUCAGUCCUAAUCUUAAUAAUGCUGUUCAGGACUUGUUGUCCUACCAGGAGCCUCCUUUGAGUUUUAAUCGGGACAUAGUAUCCGGAUAUAGAGAAAUUGGAAAAAUAAGUGAAUAUGGAACAUCUGUUGGCUUUUCUGUUUAUUUAAAUAUGAGAAUACUUAACAGGAACGAACCGAAAUGGUAUACACCAGAAAAAGACCAAUUAGCUUUGAGCAUAUUGAGAGAAAGAAUAGAAUCUUUCUUAAACUUGGACAAUGUACCUUCACGAAGAAAGAGAAGGAAGCGACAGGCAAAUUUAUUCUUACCAAACGUUGUCCUCUUAAGCAUUGGGUCCUGCUCGGCGUUCAGUGUUUAUAACUUGGAUUUAGACAGAAGUGUUAGCUUUAGAGCCGUGGCAGCUGGUGACACAGCAUUCUCCAAAGAAAUAUGUAUCACAGACAAAAGGCCGUUAGCUAAUGUGACAUGCAUUAGAUCAUUUUAUAACGGGGCCUUUUACGGGGACAUUAGGAUAAAUCCGAAGUGUGUCUUUAAUGAUACGGCCAGUAGUGGUUCUACGACAACGUUGCAAAGAUUGGCAGAGACAAAUAUCACUGGUUCAAACACGACAGCGAUAUUAGAGGAGACGUACAAUCUAACACGUGUCGACGACCUGACGAGUCUGGACGUGAUCUACACGGCAUCAAUACUGACAAAUGUAGCCGAAUCCUCGGAUCAGUUCGACCAGAAGAGUGUCGAAUAUUCCGCAGAUAUCGUUAAUACAAUGAUAGGUUUAAAUGACGACAUAUUGAAGCAGGCACAGGAUACCGGAAGCGGCACGAGCAGACUUGUCGAAGCAUUCGAAAUCAUUUCUAACAACAUAGUUCUUGAUGCGACAAAUUCAGCAAGCAUUGUUCGCCCAUUUGUCGCCUCCAAGAUUACCCAAUUCUCGGGUGACACAAACUUAGUGGUUGGUCUUCAGUUAAGUGGUUCUCCCGAGGUCACGAUAACUAACAGCUCCCUUACAGUACUGGAGGAUGAGAGGAAGUUGAAUAUUUCCGUUACUGAUGCUGCGAUAUUAUUACCCAAAACGUUACUUCAAGAAUCAGAGGUUUUUGAUGUGUUGUCUGCUGGGGAUGGGGGAGGUUUCUUAUGUGUUCAAACGGAGGGACUCGUGUGUGGGUACUGGGAUUAUAGUAAGAAAGACAACUCUGGAGGCUGGUCAACCGAUGGAUGUAGCCUGCAAAGUUACGAUGGCGACCGAGCGAUAUGCGUGUGUGACCAUCUCACGAAUUUUGCUAUUCUCAUUGAUUUUGAAGCACAGGGGAAUUACGUUAAGGCCCACCAACUGGCACUAAGCGUCAUAACGAUCAUUGGACUGGUGCUCUCAAUCAUAGGGUUGAGCUUCACAAUAAUCUGUUUCCUCAUAUUCAAGCCACUGCGGAAAACCCGUGGACAGAAGGUAUUAUUUCAGCUGGCUGUUGCUAUGCUGUGUUCGUGGGUUGUCUUCCUGGCAGGAGUGGAGCAGACACAGGAUUACAAUGGGUGUAUCGCUGUAGCUGUCCUUCUUCAUUACUUCAUCCUCGUCACCUUUAUGUGGUUGCUCAUUGAGGGAUUAUUACAGUACCUCCGCUUCGUCAAAGUGCUUGGAACCUAUAUUCCUAGAUUUAUGCUGAAGUCGUCAAUCUUCGCCUGGGGGGUGCCCUUAAUUCCCGUGAUUGUUGUGUUAGCCAUUGACUAUCGUCUUUACGACGGCGGAAUUCACUACUGCUGGAUGUCACUUCAACCAUUUUACUACGCCUUUGCAUUACCCGUAGGCCUGGUCAUUUUGAUCAACAUCGUCGUCUUCAUCAUGGUGAUUGUGAACAUUGUGCGCAGACCUGCAGGUCUACAAUCUAAUCAGUCGGAGCGCAAACGGGCUUUGAUGAAUUUCUGGGCAGCACUUUCCAUAUUUGUCUUGUUGGGUAUCACUUGGAUCUUUGGAUACCUGGCCAUUGAAGAUGCACGUAUCCCCUUUCAGUACAUAUUUACCUUAUGUAAUGUCUUCCAGGGAUUUUUCAUUUUCAUCUUGUUUGUUACCCGCGAUCCACAGGUGAGAAAACAAUGGAAAGCGCUUUGCUGUAAACCCGCAGCCAAACAGGGAUAUUACGAAGUUGAUACGAAAUCGAAAGGCUCAGCUGAUUUUUUAGACGAGUCACAACAAACAACUCGUCUCACAACUCCCACUGAAAUUGUUGAUACAUGUUAGGGAUCCCCGUACCACUGUCAAAAACUGUAAGUUAACGUUAGGAAUGGUUUUGUUCUGGCUUGACUUUAGCUUUGAUAAAUCAUAUUUGGAAAAAAAAAAAAACUUUUGCGGGACUUUUAGGAACAAAUAAAAAAAAAAAAAACAAUACAAAAUAGUAUCAACAACAGUGUUCUGGGAGAAAAUAUUCGGCUGUACUAGACCUGGAAUGUGAACCCUGGACUUCAGAUUAUUAACUAUUGGUUAGGGUUAGGGUUAGGGUUCUUGGUGUACUAGGCCUGGAAUGUGAACCCUGAACUUCAGAUAAUUAACUUUUGGUCUUACGGAUUGGGUUAGGGUUAGGGUUCUGGGUGUGCUAGACCGGGAAUGUGAACCCUGGACUUCAGAUUAUUAACUAUUGGUCUUACGGAUUGAGCUCUCUGGCCACUUGAGUACCUUGACCUGAUUGUGCUACAUUUUGAUCCGAAGUGACAUUAAGGGGAGGUUACUCUAUGUACGAAAACCACAGUACAGCGGGGCAAGGACCAGGGUUAACUGAAAAAUGGCCAUCUGAGAAAAACAGCGUUUUAUUUGUUUAGUUUUAAAAAUCAAAAUGCAGUUAGUAUUGAAAUAUAACCUGAUACAUUUGUAUGAUGAUGUGUGUUCCAAAUGUUUAAAUGAGUAUUUGUAGUUAAAAUCUAUAUGCAUUUUGUCAAAUACCACUUUUCUGUUGAAUGUACACGGCUUUCAAUGUCAAAAUCAUGCGUUUUCAAGUCCUUCACUAAUUGUAAUUCUGCACAUUUAUGUCGCAAUAACACUUUUUGUUUGUGAAAUAAACAUUUAUACUUUUUC